AUGGAAGGCGACGAUUUAUUUGAUGAGUUUGGGAAUCUAGUUGGGGCUGAUCCUUUUGAUUCUGAUGAGGAAACAAGUGUUCUGGAUGAGCAAGAACAAUAUGAGGAGAUCCAUAGCGAAAAUGAGAUUGAAAUUCGAGAAUUAACCUCUGUAGGAAAUGACAAAGAAGUUGGAAUUACCGAGGAGCAUCCUUAUGGCAAAGACGUGGAGGUUCUCAUAGAAACCGAAAACAUGCAGUCAAUAAAUACGCCAUUAGUAGAGCCUGUAGUAGAACGAACCAGAUUGCAAGAGCACACAGUUUUUACACAAUUAAAAAAAAACAUUCCAAAAACUAGAUAUAAUCGAGACUACAUGCUGUCUAUGGCUGACAUCCCGGAAAGGAUGAGGAAUGUUGGCAUAAUCGGACCCCUUCACUCAGGCAAGACGUCUCUGAUGGACCUUCUAGUAAUUGAUUCGCACAAACGUAUUCCAGAUAUGUCUAAGAAUACAGAACUUGGAUGGAAAGCGCUGAAGUACAUGGAUAAUUUGAAACAGGAAAUAGAUCGCGGUAUUUCCAUCAAACUUAAUGGUUCCACUUUACUCUGCACUGAUUUAGGAUCUAAAUCUAGCAUAAUAAACUUCUUGGACGCUCCAGGGCAUGUUAAUUUCAUGGAUGAAACGGCUGUCGCACUUGCUGCAAGUGAUGUAGCCUUAAUUGUGAUAGAUGUUGUGGAGGGUGUAACUUCUGUUGUGGAGCAACUGAUAAAACAAAGCAUCAGAAACAAAUUGGCCAUGUGUUUCGUUAUAAAUAAACUUGAUAGGCUGAUUCUGGAUUUAAAGCUACCGCCAAUCGACGCAUAUUUGAAACUAAAUCAUAUAAUUACGGAUAUCAAUUCCUUUACCAAGGGACAGGUAUUUUCACCGAUAUGCAAUAAUAUAAUUUUUGCAUCGACAAAGCUAGGCUUUACAUUUACUGUCAAAGAAUUUGUAACCUAUUAUUACUCCCAUUCAAUUCCCUGCUCUAAGAUAGAUGACUUUACCACACGAUUGUGGGGUAACAUUUACUUUUAUAGGGGCAAAUUUCAAACGGAACCAUUUGAUAAUGUAAAAAGGUACCCAACUUUUGUUGAAUUUAUUCUUAAUCCUCUCUAUAAAAUAUUCUCUUACGCUCUGUCUAUGGAGAAAGGCAAAUUAAAAAAUUUGCUAAGAAUCAAUUUUAGAGUUGACUUAACUCAAGAAGUACUCAAAUAUGACCCACAACCAUUUUUAAAGCAUGUUCUACAUUUAAUCUUCAGGGAGCAAACCGGUCUCGUGGAUGCAAUCACAAGAUGUUAUGAGCCACUAAAACUGUUAGACAAGAAAGCGAGUCAUUCUUCAAAGUCAGGCGAAAAAGCUUCAGAAAACCUAGUGGCUCACGUGUUGAAAACUUUAGAUUAUGGUGGAGCAGAGUGGUCUCUUGUACGGAUAUAUUCAGGCCUUAUGACGAGAGGGGACACAGUGCGUAUACUAGAUACAUCGCAAUCUGAAUCUCGCCAGAAAGGACACUUACAUGAUAAUGCAGAUAUGGAAGUUUCCGACGAAGAAGAGGAAGCUGAUGACGAAACACCCAUAUGUAAAGUUGAAGAAAUAGGAUUAUUAGGUGGUAGAUAUGUUUAUCCGGUCCAUGAAGCAUACACGGGACAGAUAGUGCUGGUAAAAGGUAUUUCUAACGCAUAUAUUAAAUCCGCCACCCUGUAUUCUGUAAAGAGUAGAGAAGAAACAAAGCUAUUAAAAUAUUUCAAACCCUUGGAUUAUAUUACACAAGCUAUUUUCAAAAUUGUUAUCCAGCCGCUGCUGCCAAAAGAGUUGCCUAAGCUAUUGGAGGCCCUAAACAAAAUCUCAAAGUACUAUCCAGGUGCUGUUAUAAAAGUAGAGGAAUCUGGUGAACACGUGAUACUGGGGAAUGGGGAACUGUAUAUGGAUUGCUUGUUGUACGAUUUGAGGGCAAGGUAUGCAAAUAUAGAAAUCAAGAUAUCCGAUCCCCUGACUGUUUUUUCUGAAAGCUGUUCAAAUGAAUCUUUCGCUUCAAUCCCUGUGAAUAAUUCAAUUUCCCGUCUAAACAAUGGAAAUUCUCAGGGCCUAUCAAUUAGCGUUACCGCUGAACCAAUGGAUUUUAAGAUGAUUCAAGACCUGAGUAAAAACAGAUUGGGAACAGGCCACAACAGUUUGGAUAUUAAUGAAAUCAUGGACGACCCUAGAAAACUAUCUAAGAUAUUGAGAACGGAAUAUGAAUGGGAUUCAUUGGCAUCAAGGAACGUUUGGUCGUUUUAUAACGGAAACGUGCUGAUCAAUGAUACCUUGCCAGAUGAAGUUAGUCCUAGAUUGUUAUCCAAAUAUAAGCAGCAGAUAAUACAGGGGUUUUACUGGGCUGUGAAAGAGGGCCCGUUGGCCGAAGAACCAAUUUACGGAAUACAGUAUAAACUGCUAUCAAUUACAGAAUCCUCUGAUAGUAAUAUCAGCGUAAUGAAAAGUCAAAUCAUUCCUUUAAUGAGGAAGGCCUGUUAUGUUGGCUUGCUGACAGCAACACCCACGUUACUCGAGCCCAUUUACGAAGUCGACGUUACAGUUCAUGCUCCGCUAUUACCAAUAGUGGAAGAACUCUUCAAGAAAAGACGUGGCAGUAGGAUAUACAAGACUACAAAAGUUGUGGGGACACCGUUAUUGGAGAUUCGUGGACAAAUUCCAGUUAUCGAGUCAGCAGGGUUCGAGACCGAUUUGAGAUUAUCGACAAACGGCCUUGGAAUGUGUCAGCUGUACUUCUGGAAUAAGAUAUGGAGAAAGGUACCUGGUGAUGUUUUGGAUAAAGAUGCCUUUAUCCCAAAAUUGAAACCUGCGCCUGUUAAUAGUUUAAGCCGUGAUUUUGUGAUAAAAACGAGAAGGCGGAAGGGAAUUUCCACCGGUGGAUUUAUGUCAAAUGAUGGGCCGACAUUAGAAAAGUAUAUAGAUACUGAGCUAUUUGUUCAAUUAAGGAAAAAUGGCUUGGUAUCGUAA